AUGGAUCAAGCACAACAACUAUUCUUACAAAGAUUGGAGAACAUUGAACAGGAGUUGUCCAAUCUUAGCAAACAGGUCAAGGAAUGUAAUGACAACCAGACCGAAGUAAAAGCUAUGCUGCAGCAUAUUGUUCAACAAUCUACCUCUUCGAGCACGGCCAAUGUUGCGAGACUAGAUGGAGUGAUAUGCCGUCCAAGCAAAGCAGAUAGCAAACAUCUGGAGGAGCUUUCUGUUGAGCUAUGCAUCAACGUCCUUGAGGAGCAUCGAUUAGGUGGGGAAAACCUUGAUGGCAAGAAGGUCUGGGAGCUUGUCAAAGAUGCAGCAUACAACCAGGCAAAGAAAGCUGAUAGACAGUUCCCAAAUAUCACUUUUAGCAAGCUGGACAACAGGUUUCAAGCCUUGUUAAUCAAGACCGUCAUUGACGAUGUAGCCAAAAAGGGCGUUGACAUCUCUGGGUUCUUCAAAGAUUGGUUGCCGCAGUUUGCUGUCUCCAAAUCAUUGUCUGGCAUAAUCGAUUACAAAUACAAUGCCAGGCCAAGCAAUGACACCGCAACUUACCAAACCCAAUUCGAUGAAGAUGAUCUGGUAUUUUCUGAGGGAUCCCAAGCGCAAUCCGAAGAAGAUUCUGUCGACGAUGACGAAAAUUCGAUUGUAGACAAGAUCAAUUUUCAUGUUUCUCGAAAUACUGGAUCACAAAAAAGAAUCAGCACGCAACAUAUGCCUCUAGUAGAACAACCAAUGCAGCCAUCUCCAGUAUCAAAAAAUGUAUAUGCAUCAAACAAAUCAAAGGCAAAGGAAUAUGAAAAGCACAGAAGAUAUUCAUCACCAGAAACGCAAGAUUUGCAAAGACAAAACAUAAAGGGACCCAACAAUAAGAGAGUGCGCAAGUCGUAA